AUGUCUACAACCUUUUAUUUAGAUCCAACCUCGUUAACUGAUUUGAUACCGUACGUCAGCACAUUUGGUCGAGGGAAAACCGAUAUCAUUGGUUAUUGCACAAAUAUCAAUCCUAAGUAUAAUGGAAAUUUUAAAACAGUCAUUAUACCGCCUAAAUUAAAUUACAUUGUUAUUUAUUAUGGGACAAAUGUGGAUGGAAUUGAGUUUAUCUCCAAAAAAAAAACACCAGAGAUUAAGGAUAAUGAAACAUUUUCUAUUGGUAAAGCCGGAAAACAACACAUAAUAUUGGGAAUUGAAAAAGGGCAAUACAUUAAUGGCUUUCGGUUUUUGGAAAGUGAAGAACGUUUACAACGAAUUGUCAUCUCAACUAACAUCUGUUCCAGUCCUGUUUUUGGUGAAUCAACCUUGGGCCAACCAAAGGAGUUUGUCUUGAGUAAUUUAGAACUACUUGGAUUAAGAGUGGCUGUCAGUAAUGUUAUUGAGCAUUUUGACCUGAUUGUCAGACCAAGAAUAAUUGGAGAAAGAGAUAAAUUUUUCGAACAAGAUGACGAAGAAGAUGAUGAUGACGAUGACGAUCAAAAUCAAAAUCAAAAUCAAAAUCAAAAUCAAAAUCAAAAUCAAAAUCAAAAUCAAAAUCAAAAUCAAGAUCAAGAUCAAGGCCAGGGUCGAGAAUAUCACAAUACUCAUAAGCAUCAAAAAACCCCAUCUUCAUCUGAAAAUGUUAAAUUUAAAGUUAACGUUAAAAAGGUUGAUUUCUCGCAUGGAUCAUUGCUUAGGUCUCUCCGAACGGGUUCCCAUCCAAGAACGAUACGUAAAGGUCAUUCUAAAAAAGAUGAUGACAAAAAUAAUGAUGAUCAAAUUUUAACCACAAAAAAUGAAGACGAAAAUGAUAGUAACAAUGAAAAUAGUGACAAUAGUGACAAUAGUGACAUUAGUGACAAUAGUGACAAUAGUGAUAGUGAUAGUGAUAGUGAUAGUGAUAGUGAUAGUGAUAAUGGGUCCAACAGCAAUGAAGAUAGUGAUAGUGACGACAAUAGUAACAGUAAUGAUAAAAGUGACGACAAUAAUUACAAUUAUGGUGGUGAUGAUGAUGAUGAUGGUAGUGAUUUUAGUUGUAUUGAUGACGAUGAUGAUGGUAUAAUUUCCUCGGUCAUUGAUGUUAUCGGUGGUCUAUUUUCAUAA